AUGUGUGGCGGUGCUAUCAUCUCCGACCUCGUACCUCCCACCGCUCGCGGUGGCCGUUCCUCCUUCAGGAAGCUCGCCGCCGAUUUCUCCUGGUCCGGGCUCAAGCCCAACUCAGUCAAAAGCAACAAGCCUUAUGCCAAGCCCGCCGUCAUAGAUCUCGACGAUGAUUUCGAGGUCGAUUUCCGCGAAUUCGUGGACGAGGACGACUAUGAUGUGGACGUUGACGUCUUGGCCGAUGUCAAGCCCUUCGCUUUCUCUGCCCCUCCUCCUCCUCCUCCGUUUAAAGGAUAUAGAGCUGUGGAAUUCAGCGGUGAAGCUGAAAGAUCCGCGAAGAUAAAGAGGAAAAGCCCGUACAGGGGAACCAGGCAGCGUCCGUGGGGCAGAUGGGCCGCAGAGAUCCGCGAUCCGAGGAAAGGAGUCCGCGUCUGGCUUGGAACAUUCGGCACUGCCGAAGAGGCUGCCAGAGCUUAUGAUGCCGAGGCUCUCAAAAUCCGCGGCAGGAAAGCUAAGGUCAACUUCCCCGGUGAAGCUGCUGCUGCUGCUGCUGCUACUAAACCUAAGCAGCUCCCCACAAAGAGCAAAUCGGGCCCGGACUAUGCUGAACAAGAGUUGUUCGACUCUAUGAGCUAUGUGGAAGAGAAACCAUCACUGAAUCAUCAAGGGAGCGGCGAUUCCUUUGAUUUCUGUGACUUUGGAUGGGCCCAGCAGGGCGGCCCAAAGGCUGUGUUUCAAGCUGGGCCUGGAUCCAAUGACUCUGCUGGUCAGGUUGCUGCCCAGGAGGAGAACAACAUUGGGAAGUCGUUUAAGUGUGAGGGAGAGGAGGUGUUUGGGUUUGAUGGUGAUAAGUAUCUGCAGAUGCCGUAUAUGGAAGGAGGCUGGGAGGCUUCCCUCGAGAAUCUGCUCAAUGGAGAUACAACAACGACGUCGACGCAGGAUGGUGGGAAGACAAUGGAUCUGUGGAGCUUUGAUGAGCUCUUCGACUUGGCUGGAGGAGUUCAUUGA